ACAAAUUGGAAGGGAAAUACAGCAGGACGGUAAUGGCGAAAUUCUCGGUGGACGGAGAAGACGAUGACGAUGUACCCAGCACCAGCAGCUCCGGGCUUGGCAAGAGGCGCCGCUUUCCUUCUUCUAGCCAUCAAUCGGAACAAGAAGAUGGUAGCCGACGCCGACGCCGACGCCGACCCGCUAAAGAAGAAGAGGAAGACCGAGAUUCAGACAUCGAUCGGAGAGACGAAUCGAACCCAAGCGAAGAAGAAUUGGAAGAACAGGAUCGGGGCCGAUCGGUGCAUGCGAGAUGGUACGGUGACGAGUACUCGUACGGUCGUAGUUGGUCCCCUGACUCCCCUCCAUAUGGCCGGACGGUUGGGUCUUUGGAGGUCACUCUCACGGACCCGGAUGUGUUCGACUGCGCCGUCUGUCUGGAGCCCUUGAUGAGCCCUGUUUUUCAGUGUGAUAAUGGGCACAUAGCUUGCUCUUCCUGCUGCGAAAAGAUCAGCAACAAAUGCCCAUCCUGCUCUAUGCCUAUCGGCUACAACAGAUGCCGCGCCAUCGAGAAGGUCCUGGAGUCUGUCCAGAUGGCUUGUCGAAAUGCGAAAUUUGGCUGCAAUCUGAAGUUUGGUUACCACAUGAAAAGUGACCACGAGAAGACGUGUCCGUUCGCUCCUUGUUCGUGUCCCUUCUCAAGUUGUAACUACAUUGGCUCGUUUAGGAUGUUAGUGAAGCACUUCAGCACCAAGCAUGGGGCGUCUCCGUCAUCCUUCCGUUUCAACUUCAGCACCUCUCUCUUGAUAAACGUCGAGACGGAGGUCCGUCUGCUUAAAGAAGAGAGAGAAGAUGUUCUCUUUGUCUUGAAAAACGAAAUGGUGGACCUGGGCAGCAAGAUUAAGAUCUGUUGCAUCGGCCCCUUGCCAAAGGCAGCUUAUUCGUAUGACAUAGUCGCAAAUUCUCGAGAAAGCUCUCUCAAGCUUCACACUUGCACGAAGAGCGUUUCAGACUUUGAAUGUAACCCUAAUCUGGAGCCAUACCUUUUGGUGCCAAGAGAGUUCUUUGAUGAUUUCUUGGGCCUCAAGUUUGAAGUGUGUAUAUGGCGCAGCAGAGCUAUAGCUUAAUGCUGUUGAUAUUUUCUUUUUCGUUCUUCCCAUUUUUAUUUUUUAUUUUCUGCCAAAUAUGCUGUUGAUUCAUCAGUAGGAACUUUCGCGGUAAAUAAUCAAUUGAAUUAGUUUUGUGAACAGGCGUGCUCUCCUCUUUGUCCUACAAGUGAAAAAUACUCGGACAUCAUCUUAUGAACCUUACAAAA